UAUAUUCGGUGGCAUCCUAAACCAAAAAGGAUCCUAUCCUUUGCCAUCCCUGCUCUCUUUUACAGCUCCUAAGCUCUCCAGCCAGCCGCACCCAAACAGAAGAGAGAAAAUAAAGUAAAGGGAGGAAAAAAGGAACGCCAAAGAGAAAUCUGCCAGUUCAAGUGAUCAAUCAUCAAAUGGAGAAGGGAAAAACAAGGGAGGUAGCUGUCUCAGCUCUGCAAUUCGCCUGCACCGAUGAUGUAUCCACUAAUGUCGCCACUGCCGAAAGGCUGGUUAGAGCUGCUCAUGGGAAAGGUGCAAACAUCAUUCUCAUUCAGGAGCUUUUUGAGGGAUAUUACUUCUGUCAAGCACAAAGAGAGGAUUUCUUUCAGCGAGCUAAGCCUUAUGAGGGCCAUCCUACAAUUUUGAGGAUGCAAAAACUGGCAAAAGAACUGGGUGUGGUUAUACCGGUUAGCUUCUUCGAAGAGGCAAACAAUGCUCAUUACAAUUCCAUAGCCAUAAUUGACGCCGAUGGGAGUGACCUUGGUCUCUAUAGGAAGUCUCAUAUUCCAGAUGGACCAGGUUACCAGGAAAAGUUCUACUUCAAUCCCGGUGACACUGGCUUCAAGGUUUUUCAAACUAAGUUUGCAAAAAUUGGAGUCGCAAUAUGCUGGGAUCAGUGGUUUCCAGAAGCAGCCCGAGCUAUGGUUCUGCAAGGUGCAGAAAUAUUAUUUUACCCUACUGCCAUUGGUUCUGAACCGCAAGAUGGAGGACUUGAUUCCUGUGAUCACUGGAAGCGAGUGAUGCAGGGGCAUGCUGGGGCUAAUGUGGUACCUCUUGUAGCUUCAAACCGCAUUGGGAAGGAAAUAAUCCAGACAGAGCAUGGAGAUAGCAAGAUCACAUUUUAUGGGAACUCAUUCAUAGCAGGACCAACUGGGGAAAUUGUAGCAGCUGCUGAUGACAAAGAGGAAGCUGUUCUCAUUGCUAAGUUUGAUCUUGAUAAAAUCAAAUCUAAGAGACAUAGUUGGGGGGUAUUCCGAGAUCGACGUCCAGAUUUGUACAAGGUACUUUUGACGUUAGAUGGCAGUAAACCCUCACUGUGAUUUAUCCUGCUUAUCACAGAUUCACUAACAGUACUUUGUUGUAGAGGGAAUCAUUGAAUGUCAUAAAACAAUUUCCAACCAUGAAUUAUUUCUGUGGAAUGAGGAAUAGAAGUUCAUAUUUAUUUGAAGGAUGAUCAACCAUGAUUGUAUUUGUGUGCAUUGAAUUUGAACCUCAGGCCUUCUGUAUGGUUUAUAAAGCACCAUUCCUUUA